AUGGCCUCCUCCUCCUCCCACUCCCUCGCCGCCUCGCGGCGCGGCCGCAGCGCGCGGCAGGCGCCCUUCUUCCGCGACCUCGCGACCCCGAUCCCGUCCCACCGCGGCGUCUCCCGCUUCGCCUCGGGGGCUUCCCCCUCCGCGGCCCCCUCCGCCACGCUGCCGCCGCCGCCCAUCUUCACCCUCGACGACCGCUACGCCGCCGCGGACUUCUCCCCGGACCCCACCGCCUCCGACCUCCUCCCCGUCGCGUCCUCCCCCUCCCCCCGCGCCGCCGCCAGCCGCUCGCCGCCAUGGAACCUGUCCCGGGGCAAGGUGUCGCUCUCGCCACCAGGAUCCACCAUGGAUGGGGUCGUCGAGUCGGCUCGGAAAGAGGUGCUCGCUUUGCCGCCGCCCGCGAGCCCUGGCGCCCCACCUCCUGCCACGACAGCGGAGGCGCAGUCACCGGUGUCCCCCGCGCAGGCACCGGCUAGGACGGAGCCAGUGGCGAACGGAGGGGAGGUCGAACGGGAGGAGUGGGUCACUGUAUUCGGAUUCUCUAUUGGAGAUACCAACCUUGUUCUUCGGGAAUUCGAGAAAUGUGGAGUAAUAUUGAGACAUCACUCUGGUCCAAGAGAUGGAAAUUGGAUCCACAUAUUGUAUCAGUGUCAAUUUUUAGCUGCACAAUAUCAGCACCAAGUUUUAUCCCCGUAUGUAAAUGACGUGGCAUAUGGUUUUGGUUAUCCCUUGAACCUGAAGCAUAUAGUCCUAAUACUGACAAAUUUCACCAUCAUGUAUGUGGUCCUGAAGCACUCUUAUGAUGCUCGAAAGGCCCUUCAGAAAAAUGGUAUCCAACUAAGCAGCGGUCUGAUAGUUGGAGUAAAGCCUAUUGAUGCAGUGCACCGGCAGCAGCUGGACGAGAGUUUCGCGCGAAGCAGUCAAGGUGGAUUUAUGGUUUCCUUGCCUUCAAAGUCACUUGGCUUGAAGAGCACAGGUGCAUCGCACCAGUUAGGAGCCUUGCCCCGCCCGUAUGACCCUAAAGCUAACACUAAUGUUAGCCGAGAUGCAGGCCGUCGUGCAACUGGCAGCGUUGCUGCACCAGCAAAAUCAAUUGUAACUAAUGUGAUGGAUUUGAUAUUUGGCAUCUGA